AUGAAAUUUGGAGCCGAACUCAAUUCAAAGAUCCAUGAAACGUGGAGAGAUUCUUACAUCCACUACAACAAGCUCAAGAGCCAUCUUAUGGCCCAGCACACACAUGGCGUAUGGAGCCCGCAAGACGAGAAGAACUUUGCCAAUCAGAUUGAAAUGGAGCUCAAGAAAGUCUACACAUUUGUGCAAGUACGCCAGAAAGCACUAAUCAGCCGCAUCGAUUACUGCGAAUCUAUGCUGAGAGAAUACAAGGAGAUCCCAAAGACCAGAGCAACCGCCUAUGAUUCGGUGGCUGACAGUCUGGCUGAAAUCCUGAUUGACGUGGAUGAUUUGGCCAAGUUCCAUGAACUCAAUUUGGCAGGCUUCGAGAAGAUUGUCAAGAAGCACGACAAAUGGACUGGUGGCGAUCUUAAAUCAUACUACUUUGGACAGCUCUUGGAUCUGUAUCCUCUUGAUAAACAGCGCUUUGAUGUCAUGAUUGUUCGCAUUUCUGACAUGCACGACUUGUGUCGCCUCUAUGGCAACCCAAGAUCCACUACCAAAGCAUACACCCAAGGUGGAGAUCAAACAGCAUUUGAACGAGCCACCAACAAGUACUGGAUCCACCCUGAUCACAUCACUGAAGUCAAGGCCAUCAUCUUGCUUCAUCUUCCUGUGCACGUCUUUAACCAAAAGAAGCAGUACGAGUCCAAAGAUGCUGCCGUGUCUAGCGUUUACUACGACAAUGAGAACUUUGAUUUGUAUCAGGAACGUCUUGCGCGGGCUAAAGGCGCGGAAGCUAUCCGUAUUCGCUGGUAUGGUCAGAGUGAUGAACUCAACGACGAUGUCUACAUUGAAAGAAAAACACAUCAUGCUGCAUGGCUCAACGAUAAAUCUGUCAAGGAUCGAUUCAGGCUCAAGGAAUCCCAAGUCAAUGAUUUCAUCAGUGGUGCUUACUCGGCUGAUCACUUCAAGAGAGACUUGGAAAAGAAGGGAAAAAUGGACCAAAUCACUAUUGCUGACAACCAUUUUGUGGCUAAAGGUAUCCAAAAUUCUAUCAAGACCAAGCAACUCAAGCCAAUGUGUCGCGUAUUCUACAACAGAACGGCAUUUCAGUUGCCUGGAGAUCAGCGAUUGAGAAUCAGUCUAGACUCCAACUUGACCUUUAUUAAAGAAGACCAUAUGGAUGGCAAGCAGCGAAGAGCUAUGCCUGAUGGAAGCCACAACUGGAGACGGCCUGAUGUUGGCAUCGACCAUCCAUUCCGCCAUGUCAAUGAUGCCGAUAUCUUGCGAUUUCCUUAUGCCAUUUUAGAGACCAAAAUCCAGAGCCAUCUAGGUCAAGAGGCUCCUGCUUGGUUAACCUCCUUGUUGGACAGCCAUUUGGUGUAUGAGGUGCCUCGGUUCUCCAAAUAUAUCCACGGCGCUAGUUAUUUGUUCAAGGAUAGAAUACCUGCCAUGCCAUACUGGUUGGAUCAACUACUGACCGAUAUCAGAAAGCCUAUCACACCCAAUGUCGGUUUAUCUCGCUCACAAAGCUUCAAGGCGCUGUUCAAUGGCAGGCAUAGACGAUCUUUAGAAUAUGACGACUCGAUCAAGAUCAGCGACAACGCUGGGCUGAUGCCUCCACUCAAGCAACAACAACAAACCACCAGCAAAAAGAUCAGUUUGGGUUUUGCUGUGGACAGUGAAGCUAGAAAAUCCAACAAGCUCUCUCGAAGGGGGCAUUCCACCACUGUGCCACACUUGUCGAUCAACUUUUCCAGCAACCCACUGCCUGAGACGACAGCUACGGCUACAGCUACCACUUCUGGUCGAGAUAUGAUUUCUAGAUUCUGGGCAAACAAUAUAUUCUCGGAUGAAAAGAAAAAGGGGGACAGUAGAUCACUGCCAAUGACGCCAGCAAGUGCUGUGAUGGAGCGAGGCACAUCUGGAGGAAAACGAAAGAAGGGGGCUUUGACCAAAAAGUUGGAUCCCAAGGCGUUCUUUGCCAAUGAGCGCACUUUUAUUGCUUGGCUGCAAUUCUGUGCAUUGCUGUUGACUGUAUCUUUGAAUUUAUUGAAUACAGGUGAUAGAAUCUCUCGCGUAGUAGGCGCAUGCUUCAUUGUGUUUUCAUCUGUCAUUUCCAUUUAUGCUUUGGUGCGAUUCCAGCUGAGAGCGUAUCAAAUGAGAACCGGACGCGGUAUGAUGAAUAUGGAAGAUAUCUACGGUCCAGUUUUACUAUGUGUGCUGCUUGUCACUGCACUAGGCAUCAACUUUUACCUUCGAGCCCCUCUUUUAUUCACCACACCAGAAAGUCAACAAUUAAAUAUCAAGCCUUCUGAUUACGCAUAA